UCCCGUCAAGUUUACUAGGAAGGAGCAGCCUCGAAACUUACGAGAGCCUGAGAGACUCCCUAGUUGCACGCCCUGCUGCGGUCCAGCAUGUAGCAGUACCGCUCCGGAGAAUGUCGGAGAUCAACGCGCUGGAGGAGCUCCAGUCGGAGCUCACCUGCCCCGUGUGCCUCGAGCUGUUCCGCGAGCCCGUGAUCCUCGAGUGCGGCCAUCACUUCUGUCGCGUGUGCAUCGCCCACUGCUGGGAGGCCAAGGCGGACGAGCAGCCCACCUGCCCCAAAUGCAGAAAGUCCGUGACGUCCAAGCUGCGACCCAACUCCUUGCUAUGCAACGUCGUGGACAGCGUCCGCCGGGCCCACCCGGGGGACACCCUGACCUCGCCAGCGAGCGUCACCGGCGGCGGGGAGGACCUCGAGGACCCGGAGGAACGGGAAGCGGGCUCCAGCAUGAGCAGCGUCGCCUCCUCCAACGGCUUCUGGCCCCGUAUGAGCGCGGAUAUGUGCGAGGAGCACGAGGAGAGGUUGAAGCUGUACUGCGAGAGCGACCAGCUCCCAAUCUGCCUGGUGUGCGGGAUGUCCCGCGACCACAAGACGCACAAUGUCAUCCCCAUAAACGAGGCCUUCGAGAACUACAAGGAUAAGCUGUCCGUCACUCUGGAGAGGGUUGAGCUUCAAGUGGGGGAGGCCUCUCUGUUUCUACAACACACAAAUGACAAGAUCCAGCAUAUUAAGGAGCAGGCAGACGACCUGGAGCACCAGGUCAGUUCUGAGUUUGACCUCCUCAGGGAGUUCCUCCGCGAGGAGGAGCAGCGCAUCAAGGAGAGCCUGCGGGAGAAGAAGGAGGGCAAGCUCGACCAAUUGGAGAAGGCUCUGACGCAGGCCACGGAGCAGAUCGGCCAAUUGGAGACGAGGGCCGAGGAGCUCCGCCUCAAACUGCAGGAGGAGGAAAGCCCGGAGCAGCUCAAGGGAUUCAAAGACUUCAUCCGAGGGGCUGAGAGUCUGUUUGAGCCCCCCCUAGAGGGGAGUGUGGACCUGCACUCUGGGGACAUCAUGGGCCCCCUGCAGUACAGCACCUGGAGGAAGAUGCACUCUGUGCUUCAGCCAGCCAUGACGGCGGUGACCCUCGACCCCGACACGGCCUACCCCCGGCUGUGCGUGUCGCCGUGCCGCAGCAGCGUCUGGGUGGGCGACAUCCAGCCCAACCUGCCCGACAACCCCGAGCGCUUCACGCGCUACAACAUCGUGCUGGGCUACGAGGCCUUCUCCGCCGGCCGCCACUACUGGGAGGUGGAGGUGGGCUCCAAGACCGCCUGGGGCCUGGGCGUGGCCACCGCCUCCGUCAACCGCAAGGAGGUCAUCAGCCUGUGCCCGGACGACGGCUUCUGGACCAUGGGGCGGCGGGGCGACCCGCCGGACGGCGGCGACGGAGUCGGGGAGUACGAGGCGUGCACGGACGCCGAGGAGUGCGCGCUGCACCCGCCGCGGGCGCCCCGAAGAGUGGGCGUGUACCUGGACUACGCCGGCGGGCAGGUGUCCUUUUACGACGCGGCGGACAUGAGCCACCUGUUCUCGUUCCGGGGGGCGCGGUUCACGGAGCCCGUGUACCCGUACUUCAACCCCUGGCCCAUCAUGCACGGGCGCAACCGCCAGCCGCUCACCAUCGUCACGCCGUCCUGCUGAUUUCGAUCGCCACCCGUUGCGUUUCUUCGCCAUCGCUGCUAUUUUGAUGUUUUUGCCGAAGUUUAAAAAAAAACUGGCAACCUGAAUGUGCUAGAAAACGAGUUGUGCUUAAAAUAGCGACACAGGAAGGAAGACUUUGCCACGGAUAACUACUUCCUGGUAACCUUGAUUCUAAAGAUUGUUCUUGGAAAUAGUAUUGCUGCAGUUGUUUACUAAAAACUAACAGAGCACCAAUAUGAGCACAUCAUCAUGUCUGUGUGUUGUAAGGACUUGUUUCAGACCAUAAGUUUCAUGAAAUUGGGGAUAUAGUGGUUUUCAAAUGUGCCAAUUAAAGUUUUAUAUUCUAACCAUUUAACACAUUUUAUAACUACUAUGAUAUAUUUGAUACAUAUAAUUGUACUCAUUAAUAUAUGAUUGAUGGUAUUUGAUGUCAAAGGUGAAGAAAUGAAGGGCUCUACCCUCAAUUGACAAUGACAUUAAGACUACUCUUAAUGCUUGUCUAAUAAAGUCUUUUAACACUGAA